GCUCUCAGCAGGUGUUCUCAUGUGCGUCUGGUCCUGGUGCAAGCUGAGUCACACGUCUGUGAAAGUAAAAUUAUAAAAUACAGUAUUUUGUUUCCUUAUACCUAUCCUAGCCUAUUAUUUUAUUGUGGCUUUGAAAAUCGUGUUAUGUUCAUUAUAAUUAACUCUGAAGAUAAAACUUCAUUCAAUCAACGUUAAUAUAAUUUCGAAAGGUAAACCGACACAAAGAUGAGCGAUGCAUGGCGCACAAAGGCAGAUGUCCUGAAAGACCUGAGCGAGGUGAACGGCCGCCGGACAGGGAUUGAACACUUGGACCAGCAUGUUGUUGCCGGGGAGCGGCCACCGCCUAUCCACCAUGAAGCACCUGAUGAGACCGAGAUGAGCUACUUCUUUGGUCACGGGGCGUCCGGAGACAGCGGCGCGGAGCCCGACCUGGCCGGCAUCUCGAACAUGCUCAAAAUGGUGAGUGACUUGGACGACACCAGGGACAAUAACGAGCCCCUGACACUCUUCAGAAGCAGAGAAACGGACGAAAUUAGAAUAAGCAAGCUAAACCCUAACGCCGGAGUGUAUGUUCCUGGUACUGGCUUGAAAUAUAACAAAAAUGCUCCAAAGCAAUCUCCAAAGAAAAGUAAUAAAACUAAUAAGAUAGCCAGUGAAAACAAAGAUACAUCUAACUCAGAUCUUAAUGGAACAAAACAAAAUGGUUUACCAACGUUUAAUAAUAUGUUUAAGAGCAAAAGUGUUAAAGAUAAAGACAAAGAAAAAAACGAUUCAACUUGCGAAGUAAAACAUGAACCAAAAAUCAAUAAUGUUAAUAUGUUUAAGAGUAAAAGUGGAAAAGUUGAACAAGCAACUGAAUCAAAUACAAAUAAUGUGCAAGAAAGUACAGAGAAUAGGGAUAUAAAUAUACCGAAAGGAAUUCCAAACGGUUUUCCAAAAACACAAAUAGAAACUAAAGCGGAAGAAUUAAAAGAGCUACAAGACAAACUUAAAUCUACAAUCAUAGCAUCUUCAACUGACAAAUCUUUACAAACGAAACGACAGAAGAACGUAGCCAUAGCGACUUUGCUCAAACUCGGUGUCGUUCCGGACAAACAACCAGUUCUAAUCAAGCCAGAUUAUUUUAAGAAGUCUCUUAAUGAAAAAGGACUAGAUAAUGAAGUAGUAAAUGUAGUUAGUGAAGUAAAAGAUUUGCCAUCGACGUCUAGCAGUGAAACGAACGUGAAUUACAUAGAACAGGACUCGAUAUCGAAGGUGAAUGGUUGGUUCAACAGUAUGGAGUGUCCCAAGCCUAAACCGCAGUUGCAGGAGCCUUUGGCGUUGAAGGAUAAGAUUACGUUUAAGAAGAAGACGACUUCGAGCGUAACAUCUCGCAACACAAGUACCCCAGAGCCGACCAAAGACCGAGAACUCAAGCCGUUCAAGCCAUCGAACUACGCCAGCGAACUUCUCAAGAAAUACGAGACCAACGCACAACGGGAGCAGCCCUUAAUAGAAGACUUGGGGACCAGACUUGAAAGGCAAUGUAAAGAAAGGGAUGAAAUCAUUAGACAGAAGAUGCUGGCUAGACAGAACGCUGGAUAAUGUUUAGGUACGGAGCGAAAGAAUUUUGGGCAUAAACACGACGAAAUCGAAAAAUAUGGAUUACUUAUAGGUAAUACAAAGUAGCAUAAUUUUAUUUUAAUAUUUUAACAAUACUUUUGUAUUUGAUUUUUUUUAUUUUCUAUUUAUUUCAAAAAGUAUUUUACCAAAACUUAAAAUGUAAUAAUUCGUACAUUUGAAUAUACAUUUUGCAAUUUUUCUUGACACAAUGUUAUUAUUAUUUUAUGCUACGAUUUUUUACAAUGGACUGAGAUAAUGCAAUGUUUUUUUUAAUUU